AUGUUUGAAAACAAAUCUUUGGAUUUCAGCAUAACAAGAGCUUCAGACCGUCGUCUUCCUGAUGGUUUUCCAAAUAAUCCCGACACAAACCCAUAUCAGUGUCACAAUCAGAGCAGGGAUGGUCUUGAUUUGUGUAAGAAGCUCAACAAAAUGGGUAUCUCUUGCGACAUGAGUAUCUGGAGCAAACCUGAAGAUUUUGUCUCUAAAGAAGCUCCUCGUCAUCGGUUCGACCAGAAUCUCGCUCCUCGCAACGUUUCUUCUACCCAUGGAUUAGGGCUCAGAUUGCUUGGCUCUCAAGAUACCUUUAACCCCACCAACGUGUUUGAAGAGAUUAUGGCUUUUAAGAAACACAGAGAUCUUCUCUUGGAUCACAUGAAUCCACCCAUCAAGCGUUCGUUGAUGUUUGAAGGAGAUAGAGCUCUAGCCGCCAUGGAAGGUUCUUAUGCUGCGGAUAGUCUUAGAGCCAGAGGCGUCUCUCUUUGGAAAGAUGCGUUUCAAAAGGGUUCCAUGUUUGAAGAAGGGAAAAGGGUUUCUCGAGCCCUAUUCACUAGAGAAGUCCAAGAUUACUCUCUAAAGAGCUGUAAUAAUCUACCCGCCAUGGAAGGUUCUAGUCCAAAGAAGAGUACUAGUUUGCCUUGGAAUCUCGCGUCUAUGGUCAACAUCUAUGGAUCUGUGAAGUUAAUGGCUAAAGAUCAAAUGGGUUGCAGAGCUUUGCAGAAACUGGUGGAGGAAGAAGGAACGUUUCAUGAUUUCAAGUUUAUAUUCCGUGAGAUUAUUCACCACGUCGUCGAGAUUUCGAUGGAUCAGUUUGGUAAUUACUUGGUCCAGAAGAUGGUUGAUUUGUGUGAUGAGGAGCAGAGAACGUUGUUUGUGAGUGUGUUGACCUCAAAACCAGUCGACCUCCUCGAAGUCUGUCUCAACAAUUAUGGGACAAGGGUUGUCCAGAAGAUGAUUGAAAGGGUGAAAACAAAAAGGCAGAUUGAGAUGGUGAAGUCAGGUCUUGAACCUUGCUGUCUUGCUCUUGUCAAAAGUUUGAAUGGCUUCCAUGUCAUUCAGACUUGCUUAACAUCUCUUGGUCCCAACGACAACAAGUUUGUGUUGGAAGUAGCUACAAAGUACUGUGCUGAGAUAGCAACACAUCGCCACGGUUGCUGUGUGCUUCAAUGCUGUGUUGCAAACACUGUUGGAGAGCAACGUGAGAGACUCGUCGAUGAGAUAUCUAGAAACGCACUUCAACUUUCUCAGGAUCCUUAUGGGAACUAUGUGGUGCAGUACAUAAUAGAGCAAAAUGUUCCAGCAGGAAAGUUACUUAUGCAGUUUAGAAUGAACUACGCCAAGCUAGCAACUCAGAAAUUCAGUAGUCAUGUGGUGGAGAAAUGUCUUAAGCAUUAUCCAGAGAGCCGAGCUGAGAUUAUCCGCGAGCUUACCUCUGUUCCAAACUUUGAAUAUCUCUUGCAGGAUCCUUUUGGAAACUAUGUUAUUCAAACUGCUCUUUCUAAAACUAAGGGUCGUGUUCAUGCAAAGCUGGUGGAGCAAGUUCAUAAGUAUGGGAUACUGAAGUCGAGCCCUUAUUGCAAGAAGAUAUUCUCCAAACGUGUCUUGAAGAAGUGACUUUGCUUAGCAAUAAAAAUAAUGUUGUUCUUUUGUUUUCAAGAUCAUAUUGGCUUUAGCAUAGACACUGCCUCUUUUGAUUCUCGUCUUGAAGAAUUGACACGGUCACACGAACAUGUUGUCGUUUUGUGUUUUGAGAUUGGACUAGAAUUUGAAUA